UUGUAUAAAUCGUCAGGAUAGUAUUUUGACAGGCGAAUAAUAUUUAUUUAUUAAAUUAAUGAUGCAAGACGAUUCAAAUAGUGAGUCCACUUUUGAAUUUGUUGAUGAUAAAAAGACUGAUGAUACAUUAAAGUCAGGAGACGCAUUCAGUAGUUUGUCUUCUUCAUCUUCUUUACUUGGAUUACCCAUGAUGUCAACAGAUUCAUCUUUAACACCUUCCCCUGUCUUUGUAAAUUCCAAUUCAAACAUUUUAUCAGCUGUUGCUCCACCAUCUGCACUGCCAAAUUUCAUAGCAACCCAACCAAGCUCAAUUCCAACAACAGAAAAUGUUCCUUCUACUGCAGCAACUAAAAAUGAUAAGCAGAGUUCAACGACAUUUAGUGCUGCUAUACCAUCAAGUGAACCAGUUAAAAAUAAGCUAGAAUCUCAAGAUUCAAGUGACAACAGCUACUCAAAUAGCUUAAUGCCUGGAUCGGGUUUUAUGGGAUGGGUGAAAGGAGCUGUUUCUACUGGAGGAAUUUUGCAUAGAGUUGCAGAAAAGGCAAAAAACUCAGUUGAUACUAUGAUAACAACCUUGGAUCCACAAAUGAGGGAAUUCAUAUAUUCUGGUGGUGAUUUGGAAUUAGUUGUUGCAUCUGAUAAAGAAGUAAAAAUUUCUCCAAUUAGAGAAGCAUUUCAGAUGACCUUUGGUAAAGCUACUGUAAGUGGCUUACCAGCUCAAUGUACCACAAUUGCUGCUCAGCCAGUCGGGUUGGACGCAGCUUUGGCUGCAGCUAAAGAGCGCAUUUGUGUUUUGCGUUCCCAACCCAGGGUUGGUGCUGACAUACCAAUUGUGGCUGUAGAGAAUUAUAUAGAAGAGAUAGGACCGGAAAGGUGGUAUGAUAUGUCUUUAUUACUGUUAACUCAUCCAUCACUUGGCAUAUCCUUGCACUUGAGUUCACAAGGAACACCAUUACCUGCACAGAUUGUUACAGCUAUUAGCCAAGAAACCCCUCCUGAUUAUAAGUAUAAGGAUAGCGGUUUCAGUGUCACUAUUGGCAGUCUUAUGGCUGAAAAUUUACAAGUUCAUCACACGGAAUGGCAUAAAGCACUUACAGGUGUUUCCAGACGUGAAAUAAUAUUACUUGCAGCGAGGUCACUUGCAGGGCUGUAUAGAAAUGCUUUAAACCUUCAAUCUACCUAAUUGUUUUUACCUAAAGAUCAGUUACUUUUAUACAAUAGUUAAGAGAAUUAUUUUUAUAUUAUUUUGUUAUUUUAGCUAAUAAUGAUUCUAAAUAAAGUCUAUUUCUAUUGAAUAGCAAUCUAUUUACUAUCGAUUUGAAA